AUGUGGGAGCCGCGGAGAGAAACGGGAAAGUUUCACGGCGGGGUCGGGCCGCGGGCCGCGGGCACGGCGCGGCGUCGGGAUCCCGGUCCGGCUUCUCCCGGAGCGACGACUCCCGGCGGUCCCGCGGAUCCGGAGCGCAGCCGGCCUGCGGGACGGAAAACAAAAGAGAAAGGACAUGUGCGAGGAAGGAAGGCGGAGGGGAGGCGGGGGGAGCGCAGCCUGGAGUUUAUUUUCACUUUUAGCCCGGGCGCUGCUGGGAGCGGUAGUCUCGGAGGAGGAGCGGGCGCACCCCGCCGCCAGUCGCUGGGGGCUCAGCCGGCACCCGGCUCCUUCCCACCCCACCCCAUUCACUCCCAUCCCACCCGCGGGCCGGGUUCUGUGCCUCGGCUGGCCGCCGGCACACCCCCACCCUGCGCCGGGCCCUGCUCGGACGGCUCUCCGCACCGCCACCGUCACACGAGGCCCGCCCGCUCCCGCUUCGGCCCGGGCCCGGCCCCCCUUCCCGCCUCGCGCCCCCCGCAGGACACAGACGCGGCACCGACGCGGCCCCUCAGCCCGCAGCCUUCCCGCCCCGCUCAACACGAGGCCAGGCUCGCGGCCCGCGGCCUGCCCCCGCCGCCCGGCGCUUACCGGUGA